AUGGGCAUCGUAAAGACCAAGCAACUCCUCCGCACCUCGGUGUGUUUUCUCAGGAUAGACAUGUUGGUCGAACCAGCGGUGCAAAACUGUAUUCCAUGCCAGGCCUCUACACCCAUAUCACAUCGUGAUCCUGUGGAGCCAACGCCUCUCCCUUAUGGGCCAUGGGAAAACCUGCGUGUCCAAUUCGCAGGAUCGUUUCAGAAUGGAAAGUACCUGCUCAUUCUUAUCGACGAGUACUCGCGCUUCCCAUUGGUGGGACAAGUAGCCUCGACGGAUGCGACCUCACCUCUGCAAUUCCUGAGACGAACAUUCGUUGAAAUGGGCAUCCCUAAACAAGUCAAGAGCGACAAUGGGCCGCCUUUCAACUCAAGCGAGUUCAAGGAGUUUGCAGCCGAACUGGUAUUUAAACAUCACAGGGCGACACCACUUUGGCCUGAAGCCAACAAUGAGGCAGAGCGCUUUGUUCGAACCUUAACCAAGGCCAUCAAGCCUCUGCUUGUCCAGGGAAGAGAUUGGAUGCCGGGCAUGGAUGACUUCUUGAUGUGCUACAGAGCAACCCCACGUGCCACACCUAAGAGAUCUUCGUACGAACUUCUCUUUGGCAGGCAGAUGCAGACGAUACUACCACGACCCCAAGACAACGGAGUGAACCAGGACUUCAAUGUGCGUCAAGAUGACGAAGCCGAAAAAAGGAAAUCUUAG